AUGACCCCUACAGCUCAAUUCAAGGCUCUCACUCAUGACAAGCGCCUAGAGCUACUAGAUGCUGAGACCGAACGUUUCCAGUCAAUCGGCCCUCUUUUCAGACAGCGUCGCAACGCGUACUGCAUAUGGUGCAGCUUCCCACCCGAGGUCCUCUGUCUCGUCCUCGAAGAGAUGCAGAGUGUGAGCGGUUGGCCUGUGGUCCCGGCGCUCGACAGAAAGGACGGUCGUAAUCUUGGAUGGAUUGCCGCUACGCAUGUAUGUUCGGUCUGGAGGAAGGUUGCGAUCGCUGCGCCUACACUCUGGGCAGAGCCCGAUGAUCUUCUCGCCAUGUCGUGGACGCUGAUGUCCGCGGUCAUUCAAAGGUCCCAGCGCCGUCCUUUCAACAUCAGCUUUUUCGGUGAUAGCCAUGUCACCUUAGGUCGCCUCGACGCCAGACUACCCCAGUGUUUUGCGCCGCCUAUGUACGAUCGUCUUCAGGAAUUAAGUCUCGAAGAAUUCCCCCUCAGCGCGUAUGAGCGCGUAGCCAGUCAUCUAAGUGCAGCGUUCCCGAACCUGCGAACACUGCGCGUGGACCUUCUUCUCGAGGAGAUGGACGACGUCCCGGAACUGCCUUCCGACAUGCAAUUAAGUGCAUCUUUGACCAAACUCGUUCUGAUAAACUGCCUCCCCCCCCGUUGGAGCCCCUCCUUUUUCGGCUUACGGCUCAAACACCUUACUGUGCGGUGCCCCGAGCAGACUCCACCCACCAGCCUUCCUUCGGUCCUGCAACUUGCGACCGUCCUCAUGUCUUUGAAGUCUCUGGAGGUUCUUACUCUCGAGGAUGUUUUCGCGGACAGGUUAUUGCUGGAAGAUUGCUAUCCUGCCAUCAUUCUACCCCUUUCACUGCGCUUUUGCGAAUUGAGAGCUUCCGAACAUAACGCGUGCCAUCGCGCCUGCUUCGAAUUCCUCGCACAUCUUGUUCCCCCCUGCAACGUGGAACUCAAAGUCGAUAUCUACGAUCCCUACGACAUCAGUUCCUUCAGCAGCGGGGUUGACUUACCAACCUUCUCUACCCUGACUUCGACGGCCAUUCAGAGCGUCUAUGGCCAUCUGAGUCCUGCAAAGGCACUCAUCGUCACAGACACGGCCUUUCUCACACAUAGAAACGACACGUCGGAGUCAUCGUUGGGCCAUCUCAUGGACACGUCGCACGGUGUCUUCAGCGCACUGAUAGACAACAGAGAAUCCCUUAUCACUCUCUCCUUCGAGGCUGCCGGCGUCCAGCCUCUUGCCACAUCUAGGCUUCCAAUGACGCUGGAGCAUCUGGCCUCCAUAAGUCUCACCGCGAGAGGGUUGUCCAUCGUCUACGACAACCCCGCCUGGUGGGACGCUUUUGAGACAGCAAGAGGCGUACGCAGGCUGAGUCUGUGCAUGGACGACUGCGCAGCGGUACUUUGGCUGGCCGAGCGUGUCAUGGAACAGGGCGAGAUGGGCUUUCCGUUCUUCCCAAACUUGGACAGCAUAUGUAUCACUGCUCAAAACGUCCGCAUCGCGAAGGAUCCGCGUCACCGGCCAUCAUUCGAGUCUGCUCUACGCGCCCUUGAGGCAGUCGUGAAGGGCAGGAACACCAUUGGCCCGUGCAGAGUCAGGGAGGUUGUAGUGGACCAGCUGCUUCGCGAGUGGUGGGCUUGGGAUACGUUCGCAAUCCAUGCCCAAGUUACCUUUGAUGGAUUUCUUGUACUAGACCGUAUUGUGUAG